UGUCACCAUCCGAUCAAUUGAUGGCUGCCUCUGUCCGUUCGCUUUGUGUCAUCGCCCGCUGCUCCGCUUAAACCAUGGCUGGCCAUUACGCGCUCUUAGCGUCCUAUUGUCCAACCAGAUUGUGCAAAACGUGCGCAACGUAAUCCACCGAUGGUUGCCAGGUGUAUCCGUCCCUCGUACCUGCGAUCUUCGCCCUUCCCUUUUUUCGUGUGGCUUGGAGUGACGAGGAUUUCGCUGGCCGACACCGGGUCCUUAUCCACCGUCGGGGGUUACGCUCAGCUGACCUGACGCGAGAGACACUGUCCAUCCCCGCUCCAGUCGGUGUGUCGUCUUGGCUGUGCAUCUUCGAUAACUGUGAUAAAUGUCCCCAUUGCAUCGUCCUCUCAUAUCGUCCCAAUAGAUCGCCAAUAGCCCAUACAUAUCCACCCACGCAAUUCGUCUUUCAUAUAGCAUCUCAUCAAUCAUGGCCAUGAAUGUCGUGUCAAGCAGCCACGCGCUCGGUGUUGUGGGCGACGUCGUAGCGCAACGGGAGAAGGAUCUUUUUGAAGAGCUCGUAAUGGCGCUCAAGGAAGGCCUUGGUCCAUCGUCUGGGUUGACGUCCGAGGAUGUCGACGUUGGCUACCUGAUGGAGCUGAUGCGAGCAUAUGACGGUGGCGACAUGCAAUGGUCCAAGUAUGCCUUCGGCGAUGCUAGCAGAGGCUACACUCGUAACCUUGUUGAUGAGGGAAAUGGCAAGAGCAACCUGCUUGUACUUGUUUGGUCUCCAGGAAAGGGAAGCCCCAUCCACGACCACGGAAACGCACACUGCCUCAUGAAGAUACUGCGCGGAGAUCUCACUGAGACCCGCUAUGCUUUCCCAGAAGACGACGAGCCCGAAGGACCGAUGACUGUCAUCUCCGAAAAGACAUAUAGAGAAAACCAAGUGACGUACAUGGCCGACGAGCUUGGUCUCCAUAGAGUAUCCAACCGUGGUAGCGACUUCGCUGUGUCCUUACACCUGUAUACUCCUCCCAACGUCGCUAGACAGGGCUGUCACAUCUUUGACGAAAAGACUGGCCGGAGAAGCCAUGUGCCUGGCUGCAUGUACUUUUCAGCCUAUGGCCGCGUGUUGAAGGAGUAGCAAGCAUCGCAACGUUUGCAUCGGGCAUGGCGAUAUGGCGUUCGGUAUUUCUCGUUGUUUUGUUCCCUAGAUUGAAUCCUGUCGUUUAGUUUCUGCUUCUGGGUAUUCUUGUAUAGCAUCUGCUGCGUUCAUCCACAGCAGGUGGAGAGGCGGUCCUCAUCGACGGCCUUGGUGGAGAAGCAUAGCGUUUUUUGUACCAAAUGAAAGGCCUCAUCUCACAGAAGCUCGCCUGCCCCAGUGAAGCGUAGAGAAGAGUGUAGUUGGAAGAGGAGAGAGGACUGGUCGCAUGUCGUUGAUAUUACUGCUUGAAUCCGCAGAGCCAUCGAUUGCGUGAUUGCAGCUAGACCUAAAUGGGGACAGCUUGGAGUGCUCCUCUGAGCGGAUCUCGGCGCUCUAUUUUUGUAUGGCAGUACGAGAGUACAUGUCAAACUGCUUAGUCACUUCUCGC